AUGGGCGAGCGUCGACGCAAAUGGGCCCUCAUUGCCAGCGCGACUGCUGGCGGGAUUGGAGAGGCAUACGCCAUUACAUUUCGGCGACGAGGUGUCAAUGUGAUCGCGGCCGCGGCGGACACGAACGGUAUGGAGUAUCUGGAGCCCGAGAAAGGAUCGGACGACGGAUUCCUUAUCACUCUGGAGCUCGACGCGACGUCUGCCUCGUCGAUUGCCGCCGCAGUGCAGCAGAUUCGCCAGCUUACGGAUGGAACUCUGGACUUCUUGAUCAACUGCUGCGACUCGGCCUACUACGUGCCGCUCAUGGAUGCGGAUAUCGAGCAAGCCAAAAGUCAGUACGAGGUCUGCGUCUGGGGCCUUCUGGCCGUCACACAGGCCGUCUUUCCCCUCCUUCGCGAUGUCAGAGGAAUGGUGGUCAAUCACAGCAGCGUUGCCGGACUCCAAGGCUCCAAUCGACCAUUCGCGGGCAUCGAUGCCAGCGCGAAUGCCGCGAUCCUCCACUUGAGCUCCACCAUGCGUGUCGAGCUUGAACCUUUUGGCAUACGAGUCGUCGCCCUCGUGUCUGGAGCUGUACAGACCGAAGUCCUCGACCAUGUGACUGGCGGCGGUGUUCCCGAACAAUCAGCUUACUUCCCGAUCAAAGACGAAAUCGAGCAGGUGAUGAGCGCUUACUCUGCGAACAAGGGCCGUGACAGGUACCAGGUUGCGACCGAGACGAUUGACCAGCUUUUGAGUGAGACGCCACCUCUGGUCAUCCGCAAAGGGUACAUGGCCAGCUUGAGUGCCCUCCUCUACUGGCUGGUUCCGACCUGGAUAUUGGAUUCUUGGGCAAUUAAGCAAGGUAGAUUGGAUCGACUGAAGCUCCUGCUGUCGGGAUCUGUCGAAGAGAAGAAAGAUGAGUAA